AUGCAGGCGCUCCUACUCCCAUCGCGGCUGCCGCCGCCGCUGCUCCGGCAGCGAGGGCUUCCCGCUGUUGCGUCUCUCGCCAGCCAUCCCCUCAACGGAGCUACCCUCCCUACCGGGCGCCUCUGCUUCGGGGGCGGCGAAGCCGCUCCGCGGCGUCUCACUGUGGCGGCGGCGGCGUCCUCGUCUUCGUCGGGCCCUCUCUACCCGACGCCUCCCCCCACCGAGCAGACAAUUGAGCGCGCCAAGCUCGAGCAGGUUAUCAAGAGGCUAGAGAAAACAGCUAGGUAUUUCAAGAAUUUGGGUACCCUAGGGUUCUGGUCCCAGUUGGUGUGCACGUUUGUUUCUGCUGGAAUUUUGUCAUUCUCCACAGUUGUUACUGGGAAGGUUACAUCACCCUUUACAUUCUACACAACUGCUGCUGGCGUUGCUGCAGCUUUUAUUUCAGUCUUCUGGUCAUUUGGCUACAUCCGUCUUUCUGAAAGACUUCGGAAAACAGCAAGCGCACCCGCAAAGGCUCCUCCACGGGCUGAUGUGAUUAAAAGUCUGAAAAAUGGCAUUGUGCUCAAUAUUCUUGGGAUGGGUUCAGCUGUUCUCGGUAUGCAGGCACUUGUUGGUGCUUUGGUAGCAAAAGCCCUUACUACCUCCGCAGUCCCCUAUUAUCAGGCAACUUCUGCUGGCCAAAGUCCUGUUUUGGCUCUAGAUGUAUUCCUGGUUCAGGCUUCAGCGAACACCAUACUGUCGCAUUUCCUAGGUGUGGCGACUUCCCUGGAGCUGCUCCGUUCCGUGUCAAUCGCCCCGACCGAGCCUGCUGCGACAUGA